AUGGAUCAAGAUAGUGUUGUCAGUGCUCGGAGUGACAAGAGUGGCAUUAAUCAACAGCAACAAUCUGUUCUUCAGAACUUUUCUGUUCAAGGUCCUGACCCUAGGCAACAGAUGAACUAUACGGCACACGUACCAACUGCUUCUACAUUUCCUAAUGAAGUUCCACGUAAUCACGCAGAAAUGCAAGUUCAUGGAAUGUCAAUGGUUCAGUCUCCAAUAUUUCCACAACCAGGAUCUUCUGUCUCGCAACAUCCUGGAUAUAAUUCUAACUGGAAUGCUCCUCAACCACCCAGUCAACCCUUUCUACCCUACACUUCACCCACUAUUUUCCCCCCUCAACAAUGCAUAGGCAUGAUGGGCUGGUCUGGACCUCCCCCGAUGGCUGGUUGUCAGCCUUCAUCUGCAUUUCCUAUGCAACCGCUUGCCCCUUCUUCGAACCAAUCCUAUCCCCAAACCCAAUCCAAUCAGCCGCUUAUUCCAUUGGAUGCUAGUGGUGUCGCUCCGAAGCUUCCACAUGCUCAUACUCCGAUCUCCAGUAACAGGGGUGGGAAUCAACAAAUGGACCAAUAUGGCCAUGACGAAAACGCGUGGGCCGAGAAUGCUACGGCUGUCACCGGAGCUACCAGUGAGACCGGUCUAAGUGCUGAUAAUAUGUCUCGAUUCGGCGCACGCUAUGGCCUUUUUGCAUCUUUGAGUAUCAACAAUAGUUCCAGUUCGUGCGUGGGUGGAGCAGCUGCGGCUCUGAUUCGAACCGAAAUCGACGAUUUUCCUAACCACACUUGCACACGUCUCUUUGGGUUUCUGAUUUAUUUCGGUCUUGGAUUUUGUUCCAUUUGCUCCCCUGUUCUCAUGGUAAUAUUCCCCUACCUUCCCUACAUUGGAUGGACUACGGAUAAGUGUGAUCAUACGUGCGAAGGUCAUCUUAUCGGAAUGGCUGUAAAGCUGGCAUUGCUAGGCUUGGGAACCUGGAUCGUGACAGCACCUCACUGCCCAUUAUUAAACGGUGCCCGGAAAGCCUAUCCACGAGUUCGACUGUGGCGAAGCCUCUUUCUCUGCCUCAUAUUCGUCAUUUUGUUUGCAUUUUGGCUCUUCUACAGUGUUCGCAUUCUCCAGCCACGGAGACGAGACUACGGAUCGAUCGUCCUUUUUUCUACCAGUCUCUCUGACGCGUUGCUUUUUCUAAAUUUCUCUGGCAUAGCCCUCCUUGAAUUUCAGCGCUUACGAUCUCAAUAUGCGGUUCAUGUAGUCAGGUCUCCUGAUGGGGCUUCUAAAACCUACAGACUGGGCGAAAUGUCGCUUCAAAAGGCAGCUUUGGAAAUCCUGCAGAUGUAUAUGGUCGAUUUUACUGUCUACACCCAACCACUAUCCUCGUCGAGUAGUCGUCGCAACAAGCGCGGCGGUGCAACGAACCACGGUGGUGACGUCGGACACAACGCUAGCAGUGCGGGAGCCACUGGCGGUGAGGUCGGCGGGUCUAAGUACAAAUUCUAUGACGUCGACGGCCGAGAAAAGAAUGGAGCUCAAACACCCGGCGGCAACCAAACGAGUGGUGGUGGCGGAAAUGGUCCUUCGGCAUCAGCGCGGGUCUACGACGAGAUGGAGGCGGAGAAACGUGUGCGUAAGCGGCGAAUGCGACUCCUCCUAGCCGUGGAGGACGCUUUUGCUCAUGCUGCUCGCAUGGCCAGGGAGACGACUGCCGCUGACGGACCUGGAGCGCUCAACCGCAACUCCGUCGUCAGCACUGGUGGUGGAGCCGGUGGUUUCACAGCCUUCCAAAACGGCAAUGGACGGGCAGUGGGUGCCGGUGUUGGCGGCACGAAGGCAUUUGAUCCCUAUGAGGCCGCACAAACGGUAUUCCCGACGCUAAUUCGUCCACUGCAAAAGUACUUGCGCGCCACGCGACAGCAGUCACGCCAUCCAGUAGACUCAGUGAUCGAUCACUUGGCAACCUGCAUCACCUUUGGUCUCUCGCCACUCACCUUUUUGGAACGCUUCAAUCCCGCGGCCUCCACGCCGCAACAGGACGCAGCAACAGCGGCCAACGCGCUUACCGUGGCGCGUAACAUCGCUCAGCGCCACCGUCGUCCCCUCAUCAUUGCAGGUGGCGCGAUGGCAGGGAGUGGAGGUGGGGCGGAGGGGGGCGUCGAGGGUGCCGAGUACAAGCCUCCCGGUCCGCCGGUCGCUCCCGGUGGUCAGCAGGUCUGGCAAAUUGUGGCGGAUCGUGCACUCUCUCGCGACAUCGCCGACGGCCUAGUCUUUCAGCUUAGGCGACAGCACGGCAACUGCGAGAUCUCCCUCCUCUGUACUGUCCACCGAUUGCCGCUCCUGCAACUUCUUGAGGCCGGUGUAGUGAUUUUGGUUAAUGUCCGUUGUGUGCCACUACUGGUCACCGCUGUUGGGGCAUGGGUGAAGUGUCUGAACGUCGCCAGUCAUGCGUGGGCUAUGGUGCCCUACGAGGUCAAUACAACUACUGCCGCCGCCAAGCUAAUCUGA